AUGGAGGUUUUUUCCGAAGAAUUAGUCACAGGAGUCAUAUCCUUGAAGACGGUCAGGAAGGGGAUCUUCAAACAGACUCAGAUACUGACAAGAGCCUUAGCACCGGAGUACAUGCAUGAACCGAACCAAGUAUCUAUUUUGUAUGGAAAAUUAAUAUCUUUGGGAUCAUUUGGACAAACUCUAGGCUCUUUUAUUGGUGGCUACACCAUUGAAAAAUUCCCUAGAAGCGGUUUUACAUUCCUGUGUGGAUUUUUGUCUAUAUUUUUUGGAAUUAAUGCAGCUCUAAUUAAUUCUUUACCAGAAACUAAAACAAAAGAUGAAAAGGAUGAAGAUAAACCAGACACGUAUAAGGGUGAAAAACUGGACAGUGUGACGGAAAUGUCUGAAGCGCCGGGAGUCUUGGCACACGACGGAAUGUCGAUGUCGAGACGGGCGCUGCAAGUGCGUCAAUGAAAAAACUUUAAGGUGACUCUUAAACACAACCAAUGUCCCAUUGUGUGUGAGGAGCUUCUGAUUACAGUUAUUUAUAUCCACAUAUACAUAGAUCACCGUUUUCGAAGAAAAAUCACACAUUUAUAUCUUUCAUUUAAUAAUAACGGUACUGUAACAUAGUAAUAGUGUACCAUCGAAGUUUAAUUUCAACACAUAGGCGAUUAUACAGAAAAUAUUGCCUAUAAACAAGGUUUAUAAUCCCCAUAACCCUUCAUCUUUACAUACAAGAGAACACCUUUGGUCUUUGCACCGCAUUAUAAAUGUUAAUUACAGCGCUGACAUUUAAUUACAAUAUAAUUCCUGUGCGCACGCGCCUCGAGAACAACUUUUGUGAAUUAUUGUAUGAAGAUCGACAGGUGGAAGAUAUAUACAGGUGCAUAGUUCAUUUUUUAUCUAGUUGUCGUCAAUAUGUGAGCUGGCUAUGUAGUCUCUGAUACGGUAAAGUAUUAUUGGGUUUUGAAAACUUCUAAGUAUAUGGUAUAAACAUGUUUAUACUACAAUCAUACGUCACUAUUUUCAAUAAUUUUCAGUCGGCAGUCAGGAACUUAAUCAGUAUACAAGCUCGCCUUCUCUAUUUGCCUUUUUUAUGGUGUAAGUCGGCAAACGAGCAGACGUAUUACCUGAUGGUAAGCAAUCGACGCCGCCCAUGGACACUCGCAACACCAAAGGAGUUACGAGUGCGUUGCCGGCCUUUCGGGGAUAGGGGUUGCGGAUAUAAGGAUCAGGAAGGGAUAGGGGCAGGGGAAGGAUUGGGCCUCCGGUAACCUCACUCACACGGCGAAGCACAACGCUGUGGUUGUUUCACGCCGGUAUUCUGUGAGGCCGUGGUAUCACUCCGGUCGUGCCGGCCCAUUCGUGCCGAAGCUUGGAUCUCCCGCACUGAUCGCCUUCUCAUAUAGGAUGAAAAGGCGAAUAGAAUACUUAUGUAUUAUGGCGUAACAUGAUGCGCCAUAAGGCGUCGGUGUAAUCCAUUAACAACAUGACACGACAUAUAAGUAUGUUUCCGCCUAAAGCCGAGUCACUAUAUAGGAGAGAUAGAAAGCGCGUACGACGGUAUGUAGGCUUACUGACCCUUGAAUGCGUUUAAGUAUUACUGACAGUGAACUCCUGUGCCCAUUUUUAAAUGACUUCUCCCGCCCAGGGUUAGGCGAGAGAGAUUGUCAGACUCUUACUGACUAACCCCCGUUCCUUCUCCUGCUUCGGGCCUAGGCCGCGGUAACUUAUUUCACUGGCCCCGCAACCCCGGUCGAACAAUGGCCUCUGUACCUUCGGCUAUUUUCCCCGAGAGACUGUAUAUAUAGCUAUACUAAAAAGCUACUUUAUGCUGUUAAAUCUUGGUUGGUAACUAGAUCAUUGUUAUUGUUCUUUUCCUUCUCCUGUCUUGAUUUUUUGCCCAACAUUUCGUAACUUCUCAGUAAUGUGAAAUAACAUAUUAAUAAGUAUAUCUAAACGGGUAGUAUGUAUAUAUAGAAAAACCCGUUGAGAGAACAUCUGAAUGGUCUGCAGAAAUUUUACGAUCAUUUUACUGUUUUCGUUGUAGUAUAGUAUAAGUUAUUUAUAGUUGUGUUUUUUCAAAAAACUGCAUAGCGAUGCGAGAUUGAAAAUUUUGAUGUACAUAUAUAAAAAAUAAUACAAAUAAACAGUGCUUGAGAAGAAAAUAUCAUUUUAUUUUAUGUACCUUCCUAAAAUUAUUUUUCUGUUAUACUUGCAUGGUUAUGAAAUUUACGUAUAAUAAAUAAUAAUGUGUAUAUGUAAUAAUAUGUAUAUAAUAACCGUAUUUUUU